AUGACGUCAGCAAACGCAGUGGUGGACUGUGUGGAUCCGGUCAAGAUGACGUCAACAAACGCAGUGGUGGCUUAUGUGGAUCCGGUCAAGAUGACGUCAGCAAAACGCAGUGGUGGCCUGUGUGGAUCCGGUCAAGAUGACGUCAGCAAACGCAGUGGUGGCCUGUGUGGAUCCGGUCAAGAUGACGUCAGCAAACGCAGUGGUGGCCUAUGUGGAUCCGGUCAAGAUGACGUUAGCACAAGGAGCCGUGUCGUCUGUGGAUCAGGUCAAAAUGACGUUAGCAAACGCAAUGGUGACCUGUGUGGAUCAAGGUGGUUGGUUAUUGUGUUUUGCCAGGCUAUUCCCUACUUCCUGCUUCUAAUGGGACUGGAGGGGGUGGUGCUGGCAGCCCAAGGGAAGGAACUCCCCCGAGCUAACGAUGCAUUCAGCUCUAUAAGUGCAGGAUUGCUGUCGUUACUUCAUGGGCUGUUGUUUCGGGCGGUGGAACUGGCGUGCUUCAUCUGGGUGUAUGAACGCUUCUCUUUCAUCACUCUGCCUUGGGACUCUCCAUUGACAUGGUUUCUUGGCUUCCUUGGAGUUGAUUUCUCAUACUAUUGGGUACAUCGCUGUGGGCAUGAGGUCAACCUGCUGUGGGCAGGACACCAAGCCCACCACAGCUCAGAGGAUUAUAAUUUGACCACAGCUCUCCGACAGUCGGCUAUAUUGAAAUAUUUCCAAUGGGUCUUCUACAUGCCAAUGGCGCUGUGUGUUCCACCCUCCAUCUUCUGCGUCCACAACCAGUUCUGCAUCCUCUACCAGUUCUGGAUACACACUGAGACAAUAACGAAGCUUGGCCCCUUAGAGUACAUUAUCAACACCCCAAGCCACCACCGUGUCCACCAUGGCCGCAACCCCUACUGCAUCGACAAGAACUACGGCGGCACGCUCAUCAUAUGGGACAUACUGUUUGGUACCUUCCAGCAGGAAGAGGCACCGGUUGUGUAUGGCCUUGUCCAUCCCCUGGGAACCUGGGAGCCUGUCAUGGUACAGUUGUGUCAUCUGAAGCACAUAAUUAAAUCAGUAAAGAACAUAGAAGGGCUUGGCAACAAGCUGUCCGUCAUCUUAAAAGGCCCUGGAUGGGAGCCUGGCAAGCCUCGCCUCGGAUGUAAGGAAGACUUGCCAGAGGUGGAGUCCCCAGUGAGGAAGUAUGACCACAGUGUGCCCGUCAGCAUCAGUGUCUAUAUAUGGACCCACUUCACUGCCAUCAUUGCCGGCUACCUCCUCCUCUCUGUACACAGACAGGACUACACAACGGAGAUGGUGGUGACUAAUGUGCUCUACAUAUGUUUCUCCCUGUCCACCUUCGGUCUGAUGUAUGACAACUGGAGGUUCUCGCCAGUCAUGGAGCUGGUCAGAUGUGUAGCAUUCAUCAUGGCAUAUGAAGUUAUGGACAUGCCACGGUAUCUGGAGUUGUCUCCCUUGUCUGUCAUGUAUGUCUUGUACUUUGGGUCAUCGCUACUGUGGGCCGGCCUCCUCUUACAACAAUGGCGCUUCACAGUCAAGGGACAUGUGCAGUGAAUAAUGAAACUCAUUGCCCUUACACAAUUCUGACAUUCUUUGUGAAUGAAGUAAGGACAGUUCAAAGAGUUUCAUAACAAUACAAACUGCUCCCUCAAAUUACUUAGAUUUGUUACAGUUUCAAGAAGUGCCAUCAGAAAUUUCCUGCUAUUGCAUUUUAUCCCAUAUCAUCCUUUGUCAAAUACCUGUCAUACAUGUCCAUGAAGUAUUAAUAAUAAUGUCCCUCUUAACAACUGAUAACUGCACUAUACACAGUUUUGUCCAUGUCAAUGCUCAGAUAUUUUAUGUCCCCUUGUACUUGGCUGAUUGUCAUCUAUGAAUGAUGUCAGACAGUUUAUACCUGCAUGUAUGUACUUGACUCACCAGUUAAAAGUGAUGUUUUGUUCACAUGCUAUAGCUGAUGGACCUGUGUGAAUGAUUUACCAAUCUAGUGCAUGUGUAUACACGAAGGUCCUUGUCAUUGUUUGUUGUUUAAUGCCGCACGUGGCAAUAUUCCAGCUAUAUGGCGGCGGUCUGUAAAUAUUUGAGUCUGGACCUGACAAUCCAGUGAUCAACAUCAUAAGCAUCUAUCUACACAAUUGGGAUGCAAUGACAUGUGUCAACCAUGUCAGUGAGUCAGACCAACCGAUCCGUUAAUUGCCUCUUACGACAAAUAUGGGUUGCUGAAGACCAAUUCCUGGACCUUCAUGAUUCUGCUGGUCAUGCACAUUCCAAUGUCUAUUGAUAAAGAACAACAGUCUUUCAUUUUGUUUAUGUUUUGUAUGUUUGACUUGGAACUGUUAAUAAACAGAUAUUACAUGUA